UGAUUAGAUCAAUCACAAGAAGUCAAGAUCACCAUGUUUCCCACAGCCACCACAGAAAUGCCUUCCACCAAGACAAUAAUCUCCGCCGCAGCCUCUGCCGCUGCCACUGCCAUGCUCCUUCGAUCCAUCGUCAAAGACUACCUCCCAAGCGAGCUCAGACACUACAUCUACUUUAAACUCAAAACUUUUUUCAUUUCUUUCUCAUCAGAACUAACCUUAGUCAUUGAAGAGUAUGAUAACCUUAAUCAAAACCACCUUUUUAAAGCAGCAGAACUCUAUCUUGAACCUAUGAUCCCUCUCAAUACAAAAAGAAUGAAGAUUUCAAUGCCCAAGAAAGAAAGCGAAGCGUCCAUUUCUUUAGAGAAAGAUCAAGAAAUCAUAGAUAUCUUUAAUGGAAUUACCUUGAAAUGGAGGUUUAUAUCAAAAAAAGGUAAGGUAAAGUAUAUUCCAAGGUCAGAUCACUAUGACUCAACUCCUGUAACGAAGCAUCGACUCUUUGAAUUAAGUUUCCACAAGAAAUUCAAGAAAAUGAUUCUUGAAAAUUAUUUAAAGCAUGUAGUAGAGAAAUCUAAAGAAAUGAAAGAAAAAAAGAAGACAUUGAAGCUUUUCACGUUAAGACAAGAUAGGGUUUCAGGAAGGAGAGGAGACACUUGGCAAUCUGUGAAUCUUGAUCAUCCUGCAACCUUUGACACGUUAGCUAUGGAUUUAGAUGUCAAGAAGACAAUAACGGGGGAUCUUGAAAGGUUUGUAAAAAGAAAAGAAUAUUAUAAGAGAAUAGGAAAAGCUUGGAAACGUGGGUAUUUGCUGUUUGGGCCUCCAGGAACCGGAAAGUCAAGCUUGAUUGCUGCCAUAGCCAAUUAUCUUAAGUUUGAUAUAUAUGACUUGGAGUUGACUGAUCUUAGAAACAAUUCUGAGCUAAGGAGGCUGUUAAUUUCAACUGGGAACAAGUCGAUUCUUGUCGUGGAAGAUAUUGAUUGUUCUAUUGAGCUCCAUAAUAGAAUUGCAGAAGCCAGAGCUCUUAAUCCUAAACUUAAUCAUAGUUAUAUUAAUCAAGGAAAUCAGUUUCAGGUGACACUAUCAGGAUUACUCAACUUCAUAGAUGGAUUAUGGUCAAGCUGUGGCGAUGAAAGGAUAAUAAUUUUCACUACCAAUCAUAAAGAAAAGCUUGAUCCUGCUCUGUUACGCCCAGGUCGAAUGGAUGUGCAUAUUCACAUGUCCUAUUGCACUCCAUGUGGAUUCAAAAUGCUUGCCUCCAAUUACCUGGGGAUUACAGAUGCAGAGUACCCACUUUUCACGGACGUUGAAGAACUGAUAGAGAUGACAAAGGUAACUCCUGCAGAAAUAGGUGAGCAGCUCAUGAAAAGCGAGGAACCUGAGAUUGCUUUAAGAGGCCUUAUCGAGUUCCUAGAGCACAAGAUCGAUGAUGAUGAAAGGAAAAAGAGAGAAGAAUUAUCAGUAGCAGCAGAAGCAGAAGGUUCGCAGAAGCUGGAGAUUGAAAAUGGGAACGUUGAGAAAAGAGUAGGCAUAAGAAAUAAUCAGGAUUAAUAAAUUGCUGUGAUGGAAAGAGAAUAAAAUGGUAAGAACUACGUUAAGAAUCUUCAAGAAGCCUCAAUAUUGUCUAUUCGCUGGUCGAUGAAGGAUUGUUAAGUUGACAAUAACACGCAUUAGUAAUUUUGUUGAUUUGAAAAUAAUUGGUUUAGAUUCAAUCUUAUAGCGUUAAUCAUUCUGCA